CAGUGAUAGAAGUGACUUUUGCUGAGAAUUCCACUGAUCUCUGCCAUCUUCAUUGUUCUGUCCCAUCAAACUCAACAAUGCUGUCUUACAGUUGGGUCUACAGAGAUAAUGGCACUGACAUACUAUAUGCAAAUGGCAGCACCAUCAGUAUAUCACUAAGGAACAUGUCAUUAGGGGCAGAAUUUUUCUGCUUGGUACAAAAUCCUGCUCACAGGAACAUUGUGUCAGUACUUUUAAAGUCACUUGGUGGGAGACAAACAGAGGUACAGAAAGAGAUACAAACAGAGAUACAACCAAAGGUACAAACAGAGAUACCACCAGGGAUACAUACAGAAAUACGAUCAGAGAUUCAAACAGAGAUUCGAUCAAAGAUAAAAACAGGGUUACAAAGAGAGAUACAACCAGAGAUGCAAACAGAGCUACAUUCAGGGAUACGAACAGAGGUACAAACAGAGAUACAAACAGAGCUACAACCAAAGAUAAAAGCAGAGAUACGACCCGAGAUACGAACAAAGCUACAACCAGAGAUACAAACAGACAUACAAACAGAGCUACGACCAAAUAUAAAAACAGAGAUACAACCAAAGAUACAAAAAGAGAUUCGACCAUGGAUACAAACGGAGCUACAACCAGACAUACGAACAGAGAUACAAACAGACAUAAAGCCAAACAUACAAACAAAGGCAAAGAUUAAAGCAGGAGGAGACAUUCAGGUGAUUGGCCGUGCAGGGGAGACUGUCACACUGCAGUGCCCUCUGAAUCUACCAACAAGAAUCUCAUGGAUGUAUGAUGACAAUGGGGACAAAGUACUCCUGGCUGAAUACAGACACAAGAAGUUUAUCAGAGGGAAUAACAACUACUUCAUGAACCGCCUGGAAGGAUCUAACAGUGGAUCCGGAUUGCGGAUCAAAGAGGUGAAAAUGGAAGAUAGUGGAGUCUUCACUGCUCACAUUACUGUCAAUGGAAGUGUUAUAGACAUUAGUUAUAUUCUCACUGUGUUGGGAAGAGGAGACAUCAUUGUACAGGUAACUGGUCGUUUAGGAGAGACUGUCACUCUGCCAACCUCUCUGAAUCUGGCAACUUCCAUUGAAAGAAUCACAUGGAUAUUUCAUGACAAAGGGAAAAAAAUACACCUGGCUGAAUUCAGACACCACAAGUUUAUCAGAGGGAAUAAGAAUUAUUUCAACAACCGCCUUGAAAAAACUAAUCAUGGAACUGCAUUACAGAUCAGAGAGCUGAGAAUGGAGGAUAGUGGCAUCUUCACUGCACAUAUUCAUAUUAAUGGAAAAAAGAACGACAUUUCUUAUAUUCUCGCUGUGUUCGAACCUAUACCAACGCCAGUGAUAGACGUGACAUCUGAUGACAUUUCCAUUCAUGUCCGUCAUCUUCAUUGUUCUGUCCCAUCAAACUCAACAAAGCUCUCAUAUAGUUGGAUCUACAGAGACAAUGGUACCGAUGUACUAUAUGCAAAUGGCAGCACCACCAGUGUAUCACUGAAGAAUAUGACAUCAGGGGCAGAAUUUAUCUGCUUGGUACAAAAUCCAGCGUACAUGAGCAAUGUGUCAGUUCUUUUAAAGUCACAUGGUGGGAGGCGAACAGAGAUACAAAAAGAGAUAGAACCAGAGAUAAAUCUGAAGAUGCAACCAGCAAGGAUACAAACAGAGAUACGGCCAGAGAUACAAACAGAGAUACGACCAGGGAUACAAACAGAGAUGCGACCUGAGAUACAAACUGAUAUGCCAGCAACGAUACAUACAGUUAUACGACCAGGGAUGCAAACAGAGAUGCCACCAAUCAUACAAACAGAGAUACAACCAGCGAUACAAACAAAGAUGCCACCAAAGAUACAAACAGAGAUACACCCUGAGAUACAAACAGACUUACAAACAGGGAUACAAACAGAGAGAUACAACCAGGGAUUCAAACAGAGAUACAACCAGGGAUUAAAACAGAGAUACAACCAGGGAUUCAAACAGAGAUACAACCAGAGAUGCUAA